CUCUAUUAACACAGUACAAAAGAAAACCAGAAGAGAACAAGGUUAAUAUCUCUCUCUAAUCUAUUACACUGCCAACAGGCACAACUACAAACACUUGAUAAAAUAAAAUAUAACCACAUGACAUGCAGAUGCAGUAAACAAUUUGAGUUAAAACACGACUUAGUCAAACAAGACCAUGUCAACACAAACAACACAAGCAUAUAAUACCUGCUUUACGUCUCAUCCCCAACAAUAACACUGUUUGUAAACAAGGGCGGACCUACUUGGAGAAUUGCCCACCCUCGAAAAAAAAAAAAAGCCUGAAAUUCUUUUUAGCCUUUUAGCCAAGUCUUUUGCCCACCCUCCAGUCCAAUUCUUGCCCGCUCUGAUAAGCUAUUUGAUCAAACUUUAUCAGUGAAGAUGGAGAACUGGAGAGGCAAUGAGAGUAGUGAUUAUCGUGGUGACCUGGUUAGGGGAAAGAAAGUGAAAUAUUUAGUGUGGGAGGAUGUAACAGUGAUGGAUGGUUCAUCAAACAAGUUGCUCAGUGGACUUAGUGGGUAUGCACAAGCUGAUCGAAUCAUGGCCAUCAUGGGUCCUUCUGGCUCAGGCAAAUCUACCCUACUUGAUGCUUUGGCUGGAAGGCUCUCUGGAAAUCUCUGGAUUACUGGGAAUGUUCUAUUGGAUGGGAGAAAGAGGAGAAAACAUGACAGAGACAUUUCUUGUGUCACUCAAGAAGAAGUCUUCUUGGGAACUCUCACAGUCAAAGAAACCCUAACUUACUCUGCUCAUUUGAGCCUUCCUUCCACAAUGACUAUGAAGGAGAGGAACAAGGUUGUUGAAGAUACCAUAACCAAGAUGGGUCUUGAAUACUGUGCUGAUACUAGGAUUGGAAAUCGGAGUUCCAGAGGCAUAAGCAGUGGGGAGAAGAGGAGGCUGAGCAUAAGUGUCCAGAUACUAAAGCGGCCGCGAGUCUUGUUCCUGGAUGAACCCACGAGUGGCCUGGACAGUGCUGCAGCUUUCUUUGUGAUUUGUACUCUCAGAAACAUUGCUUGCAAUGGAACGAUCGUCGUUUGCUCCAUUCAUCAACCGAGCACCGAUGUCUUCCAACUGUUCGAUGAUUUGCUUCUCCUGGCAAGUGGAGAAACUGUGUAUUUGGGGGAGGCAGAGGCAGCUCUAGAGUUCUUUGCAGAAGCAGGGUUUCCUUGUCCGAGAAGAAGAGAUCCGCCUGAUCAUUUCCUUCGAUGUAUUACAUCAGACUUCAACAAAAUAGUUGCAACUCUGAAGCAAGGCGCUCCGAGCACAUCAGAUACUUCACAGCCUAUGACAACAGCAGAGAUCAAAGCAAUACUGAUAGAUAAAUACAAGUUUUCCAAGAAUGCUCCAGAUGCAAGAAAAAUUAUUCAACAAAUAUAUAUCACUGUAUGCAAUAAAAUCAUUUUCUCCCAUUUCAAGAUGUCAAUUAAUAACUCGAAUCAAUCAAAGUUGAUAACCUUGCAGGAAGAAGAUGACAGUGAAUCAAACAAUAUUAGCUACCCCAGCUGGUGCAGACAGCUAUGGACAUUGACAUGCCGUUCUUUCAUGAACAUGUCAAGAGAUAUUGGGUACUAUUGGUUACGCAUUGCUUUCUAUGUACUCGUAGCGAUAUGUGCAGGGACUUUGGAGUUUGACGUAGGGACAGGAAGCCAUGCACCCGCUUCGAGAGGGAAGUGCUACGGGUUUAUCUUCGGCAUCAUGAUCUGCUUAUCAAUUGGGGGAUUACCAUUCUUCACAGAGGAAAUAAGGGUUUUCACUCGCGAAAGGUUUUCCGGGGACUAUGGAGAGGCUGUCUAUGUAGUAUCCCACUUCAUCUCAUCAUUGCCUUUCGUGGUUGCCAUAUCUCUCUCUUCAGCAACAAUACUUAACUAUAUGGUGAAGUUCCAUCCAGGUUUCUCUCACUACUUGUAUUUCUGUAUUGUUUUCUUCUGCUGCGUUGCCAUUACAGAGGCCUGUAAUUUGGUAAUAGCUGCACUAACAGACAACCCUCUAGUGGCACCUGGAAUUUCAGCCAGCUACGGUGUUUUCAUGAUAAUGGCAUCUAAUGUUUUCAGACCAGUUUCUGAACUUCCUAAGAUAUUUUGGCGCUACCCAGUUUCAUACAUCAGCUAUACCCAAUGGGCAAUACAGGGUCAAUUCAAGAAUGACAUGAUUGGACUUCAAUUCGACCCGCCAGUGCCUGGACAACCAAAGCUUCUAGGGGAAACAAUUCUCCAGAAUUUCAUGGGGAUUAACCCAAAUAUUUCAAAGUGGUGGGAUGUCACGGCUCUCUUAGCUGAGAUAAUAUGCUACAAAUUACUCUUCUACAUGGCACUACGGUACAAGGAAAGGGUGUCAUCACUAUUUCAUAGCUUAUGUGCCAAGAAAACUAUCCUCCUACAACCUGCUCAAAGACCUUCCUCCAGUAGGGAGUGAAUCACCUUCUCAUUGGGAUGCCAUGCUAGAAACCGGGCAUAUUUAAUUAAAUUAAACCACAUUCACUAGAAUUGGAGCAAUUCAGUUCAUUCACUAUCAAAUCACUAGCCCAACUAAGAAAACAUCAUGUAGACACUACUACUGCAAAUUGCAGUUGCAACACGGUUCAGGAAUAGCAUAUGUAUGUUGCCUGCCUUAUCAUCCAAUUUCGGAGGAGGCAGUUUCCAUAAAAUAAAUCUCAACACAGGCAUCUAUGCAGUUAAGCCACAGUUCCACAAGUAACACAAUGAUAAGUCCUUAAAAGAUUUUUUUUUCUUCAUAUUCUAUAUUAUAUACCGGACCAUAAGAUCUCAAAAAACUGCAUAUUGGAUGUAGAAAAAAAAA